UUAAUUUAUCAACAUUUUGCAGUACUGUUUACUGGACCAUUUAGAGCACUACAUUAUAUCGGCUCAUCUCUAGAUUUCGCGCUUAAGAGUUUGAUUGCGGUAAAUAUUUAUGUGAAAAUUGUGAAAUGGAGCUGCCAGUUUCUGAUUUUAAUAUACGAGAUUUGGUACGCGACUUAUACGGUCGUGCUUUAAAUACUAAAGGUUCAAAGCAGGAGCUACACGAACGCCUAGUGGCAGCACGACACGAAAAGGCCGAAGCACAGGCGCAGGGCUAUGUGCGACCUGGCCGGCCUCCAUUUGCUAAGUUUGGAGCUUGUGUGCAGCCGGAUGAUUUUUCCAAUAUUGAAUGUAUGACGGAUGAUGAAUAUGAAGCGUAUUCAAGGAAGGUGCAAUGGCGUUUGCGUCGAAUACAUAGAACAUAUGAUAACCAGGGAUUGGAGUACUAUCAUCCCGGCGUGCUCCAUCGCAUUGAUAGAGGCAAGACAUAUACGCUGAAUUUAAACGAGUUUUGGGUGCGCAAGGAACCGUAUGUGCAUAAGCUGUUUGUUAUCUUUGUAACGCGUACCAAUGGCGAGCAGCAGCGGUUGUGCUAUGCGAGAAGCUUGGCUAUGCUAAGGGAUAAAAACUUGACCCUGGACCAACUGAGAAUGCCUCUCAUUAGAAACGAUGAAAUAGGCAGAGCUUUAUCAAAUAUCAUGCUGGAAAUCGAAGACAAUGGUUUAGAGAAUUACGUAGCUAUAGUAGCACCUAAACAGCAAUUGCUUUUGCAAGCACUGCAGGAGCUUAAAACGAUAACUAGAAACAAGUUGCCACCAAUUGUUUUAGAUUGUUGUCAAGUGCACAAUGUAUUGGAAAACAAUUAUUGUGCCAAAUCGGCGCGCAGUUUAUAUCAGCUACAACAUGAGAAUUUUUCGGAAACCAAUUACAAGCAGCAACUGGAAGGAAUUCAACAAAACUACACACAAAAUGUGAUCGCAGCAGCUUUGUUAAAGGAGGUGAUAAAACCUUUGCCUGAUGUCCUUAUAGCCAUGUGGAAAAUUGAAGAGCAUAAAGGGCAAGAAAUAUGCUUGGCUCGUUUGAAUAAUGAAAGAUUGAAUGUCUAUAGCGCUCAAGCUCAAAAUGAUUUACCGCCAAUAACAUUUGAAGAGUGCACAGCUGGCACGGGAUUGCUACAAUUACUGCUCUUCGAUGCCUUGUGGUGUCUAUGCGAUGCCAAUGAAAUCGAGGAGAAUAAUACAACGGCUAUAUUAGAGCCUCCACUGCCCGAUGAAUGGCUGCCCUUAUUGAACUGACGAAAUACGCGAACUAACUUUUCACUCAUC